AUGUAAAUACGAUAAGAUUUAUAUAUCUUUAGGGAAUCCGAGGCGUAGCAAUCUCAUAAGAAACUCUCCAAGUUUAUUAAUAGACUUCAGUCUGACCUUACCAAAGAGGCUGAGUUUUUAAAAUAAAAUAUUGGUAGAGUAGCUUAACUAGUACCAAUCGUAGAUGAAAGCAAAAAGGAAUAUGCCAAGCUAACCACAGAAAAUGGAAAGAUUUAUGAGAUUCCAAUAUUGACAGGGACAAUGGGAGAGAAGCAUCUUGAUAUCAGAGCUCUCUAUACCUAAACAGGGAUGUUUUUAUUUGAUCCUGGCUUUACCAUUACUGGAAGUUGUGCAUCAAGCAUAUCUUAUUCUAAUGCAAAAGGAAAGCUAAUGUACAGAGGAUAUAGUAUAGAAGAAUUAAUUGAUAAGUCCUCAUAUAUGGAGGUAGCUUUCCUCUUGCUUUACGGUGAUUUACCUAACCAAAGUGAGCUUUCUGUAUUUGAGGAAAGAAUUAAGGAUGAGAUGGUUGUUCAUGAAAAAUUGCUAGAUUUUUACAAAGGAUUUACAGUUAACGCGCAUCCUAUGGCAAUUAUGUGUUCAGUAGUAGGAGCAUUGUCCUCAUUCAUUCACAAUACUCUAGAUAUUAAAGAUCCUAUUCAAAGAGAACUAUCUGCUAUCAAGCUCUUAGGAAAAAUGCCUGUAAUUGCAGCAAUCGCAUUCAGAACAUCAGCUGGAUUACCAAUCGUUCAGCCUAACAAAAAGCUAUCCUAUACUGAAAACUUCUUGCAUAUGAUGUUUUCUGAUCCAAUGGAUUCAAGCUUCAAAGUUCCAAAAAUCUUUAUCGAAUAUUUUGAGAAAAUAUUUAUUCUUCAUGCUGAUAAUGAUUAAGGCCCAUCAACAACUGCAGUUAGGAUUGCAGGUUCUUCUCUUGCUAAUCCCUUCGCUAGUAUCUCUGCAGGAGUAGCAAGUCUUUGGGGACCAAUGCAUGGUGGUGCUAAUGAAGAAUAAUUAGAUGUAUUCACUGAAAUAGGCACAAUUGAUAAUAUUCCUGCUUUCUUGGACUAAGUAAAGAGAAAAGAAAAGAAAUUGAUGGGAUUUGGCCACAGAAUUUACAAGAAUUACGACCCAAGAGCUAAAAUUAUCAAGCAGAUGUGCUUUGAACUAUUUUACAAGCUUGGAAUUUAAGAUCCUCUAUUUGAAAUAGCAAUCAAGCUCGAAGAAAUCGCUCUUAAGGAUGAAUACUUUACUAAGAGAAAUCUAUAUCCUAACAUUGAUUUCUAUACUGGAUUUUUACUCAGAGCUCUACAAAUUCCAAGAAACAUGUUUUGUGUUAUUUUUGCUAUUACUAGAAGUCUUGGGUGGAUAGCCUAGUGGAGAGAAAUGAUGAGUGAACCUGUAUCCAGAAUUGGAAGACCUAGACAAAUUUAUGUAGGUGAAAAUCUUAGAUAGUUUGUUCCAAUUGAUGAAAGAAAGGAUGCAGCAGGCUUCACUAUUCAAGAAAACGAAUGA